CUCCCCAAUAACGGGCAUAUCAAAAACACAAGUUCGAUGCUUUUCAAAUUUGAAGAUUGCAUAGAAAAAUAAAAGCCGGUUUUGUCCCGGCCAUGGAUGGAUUAAAGCUGUCAGCAGAUUCUCUUCUGUAUAGUCAUGGCGGGAAACCUCUUAUUCCACUUGUUACUACAUCUCACUUAAUUUCUAAACCUAGAUUUCUUAAACCAACAACAAAUUGUAAUAACUUCACUCUUACAAUCGGUUGCAGGUCUUGUGCAGGAGUUAGGGCAGGGAUAUUUCAGGAUGUGAAGGGAUUACGGACAGAGCGAUUUAGAAGAACAAAUGCAUCAGCUUCAAUACAACCUGUUACCACAGAAGUGAUGGAGGAUAAGCCCAAGGAUCUCUCAGUUAGUGGGGAUUCAAUACGCCGUCGAUUUUUAGAAUUUUAUGCUUCCCGUGGUCACAAGAUCCUUCCAAGUUCUUCGCUUGUACCAGAUGAUCCAACAGUUUUACUUACAAUUGCUGGAAUGCUGCAGUUCAAACCUAUAUUUCUUGGAAAGGUACCUAGACAAGUAGCUCGAGCUACAACUUCGCAGAAGUGCAUCCGGACAAAUGAUGUGGAGAAUGUAGGUAAAACAUCUAGGCAUCAAACGUUUUUUGAGAUGUUGGGAAACUUCAGUUUUGGCGAUUACUUUAAAAGAGAAGCAAUCAAUUGGGCAUGGGAGCUUUCUACAAAGGAGUUCAUGUUGCCACCUGAGAAUUUGUGGAUUAGCGUUUUUGAAGAUGAUGACGAAACUUUCUCCAUAUGGCAUGAUGAGCUAGGUGUUCCUGCAGAGCGUAUAAAGAGAAUGGGCGCGGAAGACAACUUCUGGACUAGUGGAGUUACCGGUCCCUGUGGUCCAUGCUCUGAGAUUUAUUAUGAUUUCCAUCCCCAGAGAGGAUAUUCAGAUACGGACUUGAAUGAUGAUAGUAGGUUCAUAGAAUUUUACAACCUGGUCUUCAUGCAAUAUAAUAAGAAGGAUGAUGGCUCCCUAGAACCACUGAAGCAGAUGAAUAUAGACACUGGUCUUGGUCUUGAGAGAGUGGCUCGUAUCCUGCAAAAGGUUGACAACAAUUACGAAACUGAUUUGAUUUAUCCUAUCAUGGAGAAGGCCUCAGAAUUAGCAAUGAUCUCAUAUACUGAAGCAGAAGAACACAUAAAGACCAAUUUCAAAAUUAUUGGAGACCAUGUACGAGCAGUUGUUUAUCUCUUAUCAGAUGGGGUUUUCCCGUCCAAUAUAGGAAGAGGUUAUGUUGUUCGGCGGCUCAUCAGAAGAACUGUUCGUAUUGGCAGACUACUUGGUAUAAAGGGAGAUUGCAAUGGUAACAUUGAAGGAGCUUUUCUUCCAGCAAUUGCAGAAAAAGUGAUUGAAUUAAGCACCCAAAUAGACUCGGACGUAAAGUCUAGGGCACCUCGUAUUCUCGAUGAGUUGAAAAGGGAAGAGCUACGGUUCGUGCAGACGCUAGAGAGAGGAGAAAAGCUGCUUGACCAGUUGUUAACCGAGGCAUUGUUAAGUUCGAAAGAGGAUGGAAAUUCACCAUGUUUGUCUGGCAAGAAUGCCUUUCUUCUGUAUGACACAUUUGGUUUUCCGGUAGAAAUAACUGUGGAAGUUGCUGAAGAAAGAGGUGUUAGUAUAGAUUUAAAUGGUUUUGAUAUAGAAAUGGAGAACCAGCGGCGUCAAUCUCAGGCAGCUCACAAUACAGUCAAACUUGCAGUUGGAGACACAUCGGAGCUUACAGAGAGUGUUUCGGACACUGAGUUUUUAGGGUAUAAUACCCUCUCAGCCAAAGCAAUAAUAAAGGGCCUGAUAUUUGAAGGCAGCUCAGUAAAUGAGGUUUCUGAAGGAAAUGAUGUUGAAAUUUUGUUAGAUAGGACACCUUUCUAUGCUGAAUCCGGUGGGCAAAUAGGAGAUCACGGUUCCCUCUAUCUUACACAAGGUGAGAGUAAACAGAAGACUGUUGUUAAGAUAAAUGAUGUGAAAAAGUCUUUUGGAAAUAUAUUUGUUCACAAGGGCAAGGUUAUGGAAGGAGCUAUCGAGGUAGGAAAACAAGUGGAGGCUGAAGUGGAUGCAAAACUUAGGCAGCGUGCCAAGGUUCACCAUACUGCUACACAUUUGCUACAAGCUGCACUUAAAAGUGUAAUAGGCCAGGAAACAUCUCAAGCGGGAUCACUGGUGGCGUUUGAACGUCUCCGGUUUGAUUUCAAUUUUGACCGACCACUCCAAGAUAGCCAGAUCACAGAAGUUGAAGAAUUAAUCAAUGGGUGGAUUGGUAAUGCAACUAAUCUUGAUACUAAAGUGAUGGCCUUGACAGAUGCGAAAAAUGCCGGAGCAAUUGCAAUGUUUGGUGAAAAAUAUGGAGAGGAGGUACGAGUUGUAGAGGUUCCAGGUGUAUCGAUGGAGCUCUGUGGUGGGACCCAUGUCAACAAUACUUCAGAGAUACGGGGUUUCAAGAUAAUUUCAGAGCAGGGAAUUGCAUCAGGAGUUAGGCGUAUUGAAGCUGUAGCUGGUGAAGCAUACAUUGAUUAUAUGAAUGUUCGAGAUAGCUACAUGAAACAUCUAUGCUCCACCCUCAAGGUAAAACCUGAAGAUGUGACGACAAGAGUGGAAAGUCUGAUGGAGGAUUUGCGGAUGGCGAGAAAUGAAGUUUCAGCUGUGCGCUCUAAAGCAGCAGUAUACAAGGCAGCAACCCUUGUGACCAAAGCUUUUUCUAUUGGAACUUCCACAAAAAUACGGGUUCUUGUUGAGAAUAUGGAUGACUUGGAUGCUGAUUCAUUAAAAAGCGCAGCUGAAUAUUUGGUUGAUACAUUAGAAGAUCCUGCUGCGGUGAUCCUUGGGUCAUCUCCAGGUGAAGGUAAGGUUAGUUUGGUUGCUGCAUUUAGCACAGGAGCUGUCAAACUUGGAAUUCAAGCAGGUAAGUUUAUAGGACCCGUAGCCAAGUUGUGCGGUGGAGGAGGUGGUGGUAGACCCAAUUUUGCUCAGGCAGGUGGAAAGAAACCUGAAAACUUGUCGGACGCCCUUGAAAAGGCAAAAACCGAUCUGGUAGCAGUUCUGUCAGAGAAAGCAGUCUGAAGCUACAGCAGGUGUUGGAACUUCAGUUGUCAAUAUGACCCAACUUGGUGAGUUGAAGUAGCAGUUCACCCAACUUGGUGAACUAAAGUACCUCAAACAAGGGAGAAAAGUCUUUGUUUCGGUUUCUUCUUCCAAGUUCCUGCUGCAGGGCUUGACAUUUUUGUUCAUGUACAGGAAGAUGAUACCAGAAGCUAGUUAGUCAGUUUUUUCUUCUGUAAAGUUUUAACAGUUAACAUGUAAAUUAGUUAAGAACAACUUAUGGUGAUUAUAAAGCAUGUCAUAAUCUCGAGUCUAACGG